AUGCUACAAGCACUUUAUGAUGUUUAUACUACCACCAUCCCCAUUUCACAGCGGCAGUUGAUUCACCAUCGCUGGGGCCUGCCCCAGAAGAUCCAGGAGUCCAUCCAACUGCUCCUGUCCCCCACUGAUCAGUCAACUCUGUCCUGGAGCAGCACAGCCUUAGCCAAUGUGCAUGCUCCCCAACCUACGGCCCUAGAGGCCACUGGGGCCGGUGACCCAUUCUCUCCAAUCACAGACCAAGUACCAGUCCCCAUGCCACACUUGUUUGACCAGGCUAAGGCAAUAUUGCAGAGCCACAUCAACUCCAAAUGUGGGCAGAUUCACCAGGGCAAGGUCCCUGCUUGUGUAUGUAGCUCUUGGCAGUGCAUAAUUCCUGGGGGCCUGCAAGUGGCUCCCUUCACCUGCAUCCCAGAAAGCAAGCCCUUGGACCUACAGGCUGCAACUGACCCUGCCCUACAACAGAAAGCUGGGGCCUGGAUACCAACGGCCCUUGAUCAACAGCAAAAAGCUCCACCAGAUGCUGUCACUGAACACACUAAGCUGCCCCAAGCCCUGUCCGAGGGAGCCAUUGAGAAACUGGAGACGACUCUGAGGCACAAGUACCUUGCCUUCUUGUCAGGGCUGCCUGCUCUUUAUUAUGUGGCUCUCUCUAGGGCCAUGGCACCGGCAAUCUCUACCCAAGCUGUAAUCACAGGAACGGUGCCUGGACCUGGCGAAUUCCCUACUGAACCUCUGACUCAGAUGAUCUCAUCUGAAGAGCAGUGCCUGAGUCCUGGGCCAUGCUUUCAAGAUGCCAACAAGACUUGUGCAGACGCUGCAGAGGAGCUCCAGGUGGAAGAACAGGUGGAACAAAUGAUCGAGGCGAUGCCUCUAGAAAGCCAGGCAGAGGCCUCUGAGCUCUACACACUCAAAAAACCCAUCUUAGCCAAACUAAAUUUCCAUCUAAGAAAGAAGAUCCUAGAGAUACAACUGGGAAUUCCCAUAAAGGCAAGGGAGUCCAGAGAACAAACUGGGGCAACCCCAGACAACACAUCCACACAGGAGUCUCUCAGGAGUCUAAACAAUCAAGGAAAAACACUGCUCCAGGAUCUCCCCAUCCCACCAGAUGCUCCUCGUGCCCCAGAUCCAGAAUGGCUCCACCUGAAAGAACAGCUGGCCAUUGAGUUAAAGGCAGUGCAGCAGAACCAGAAGCAGCCUAGUUCAAGAGCAGUACCUCAUGGCUCUGCCCACUGGGCCUCCAAGAUCUCACCGCCCAGCGGAGACAUGAAGGAGGCCCAGGUGCUCUGUGUUCACCUGGAAGCCACUGCGAACAGCCCCAGCCUGGAGGAGCCCUGGAGCCCUGAGCCCCAAAGCCCUGGCAAGAGCAAGGACUCAGCCCAGGUCCCCAUGCUGGCAGAAAAGAGAGAGGACCCAGGGAAACCCAAAUUGGCAGGAGACCAUGGGGAAGGGGAUGCAGGGUUUGCAUGCUCCUUUACAAGAGAAAUAAGCGACCCCGAUAAAGCCCAGAGGCCAAAAGGGAUACUUCUGAAUAGGGCACCCCGCAGCCCCCAGCGACACAGCCAUAGCUUUCAACUUGCUGCUCCCUUUGAAGACAAUACCCAGCAUCACCCUCAGAUUAAGCUUCCAGAGCCAUCUCCAGGAAUCCCUGGGGUGAAAGUAUCUGAGAAGAAUGACCUGCACGACAGUCAAACCAAGCUCAGUGUCAUCCUCAAGCCAGCAAGGAUUCCUAAGAAUACCCAGCCUAUGGUGCCCCAGGCAUCAAAGGGCCAGCCUUUCCUGGGCCAACUCAUUCAGGCUAGGCCUUUGCAGGGCCAAACUUUGAAAGGUCAGGUUUUGCAGGGACAGGAGAUGCCAGUCCAUACUCACAAGAGGCCCAGCCUUCCAGAAGCAGGCUUGAGAAGUGGGAUGAAAUCCUUCCUGUACUGUUUUAACUCCAAGAUGAAAGGCAAAGGGCAUAAGGAAUCCAUGUUCUCUAGAGCUGGGAAGGUGGCCAACCCCAGAAAAGAAAAUGUACAAAAGAUCCUGGCUCCUGCCAAAAGUCCGGUGGGGCAAAACAACACUCAGAAGACAAGAGGGGACUCCAAGGCCCAAUCUUCCCUCACCGAGAAGCAGGUGGGCCUGGCUUUCUUGGAUGGACCCCAUUCCCCAGACAGUAAGCUCUGGCACCGCUCCCAUUCUUACCAACUCCAUUCUGCCUCGGUCCUGGGCCACCCUCGCCACUGCCCUCAGCACUGUCCUCAAGUGGCUUGUGUUACCCAACCAGAGAAUGCACCCUAG